AUGCCGAAUAGGGCGAUAAGGUCUCGGGCCCUCUCCAUCUCUGACAUUCCAAUGUCCAACCCGAAUGAUAUGGUCGUCGAGGACGAAGAGCUAAUGCUAUCUGGAUCGGGCGAGGAGGAAUGCGAUUGCUGGGAUAUUCCACCUCCGCCGGAAUUUCACCUCCCACCCCCGCCUGAACCCCCGGACUUCUGCAGUCACCCUAUCUCACCGCCCUCUUCCUUCCACACCUGUGAUAGUAUCAUGCCUCAAGAAGUGGACUUGGAGAAGUCCCAGCCGACGGUUCCCGUGGCCGUCAUCGUCAUCUGUGCAGCCGUCCUCGGUCUCACCCUCACUAUUGCCUCCGUCUUUCUUUUCUGUCGAUAUCGUCGGAAGCUGAGGCCAUCGCUGCCUGGGAAAGGGAGUUCGGAAAAGAUCAAUUCUCUCGCCACAUCUGCCGUGGGCCUUUUCUAUGAAGAUCUCAACAAUUCUACUCCCAGGCCCUUGCCUCCUUCCAAUCAAUACUGUCUUAGUCAGAUUGACCAUUUUACCAAUCCGAGUGUGACGGGGGAAUCUCGUGGGGCUUCGUCUUCAGAACUAAGUUCUUUCAUACGUCUUGCACACGUUCCUUCAUCUUCCUUCGACAAUCAGUCUGGUCGAAUUUCUUGUAGUCCAGUGUACGAGGAAGUCAAAACCUGCUCGAUGCUGAGAAUAAGGGGAAGUCCGGUGGGGAGCAGACCAAGACGAAACCAUUGGCAGCAGCAACAGCAUCAGGAUCAUAAUCAAAUCGACCAUCCCGUUCCGAACAUAUACCAGGACACUGAUUCUCUACGAAGUAGUGUCCUGUAUUGCGAUCCGCUGUUGGCCAGUGACGGAAGCCUGAAUCAACAGCGACCUCGACGAUCCUAUCAAGGAGGCUCACGACUCAGUGGGGGCUCCUACGAGGAACCGGAUUUCCACGAGGGUCUUCUGCGGCAGAUGACGAGUCGCAGGCCGCCGACUUCCUACAGUGCAGACAUGAGUGAAGAGGACGAGGACAUGGCCCUUUCCCGGCUGGGCGGACCUUCCAAGAGGAACGGGAUGGACCUGUACGUGAAACCCGUUGAAAGACUACGAGGUGCCUCAACGGACUUCGAUGACUCUGGACAAAAAGAAACAACGGACGGCGCCAAGCAAGGGAAGACGGAGGAGAACUGCCGGGAGGAUGGAGAUGGAAAGCCGACAACCUCAGUUACAUCCCUAUCCUUCACUGCCGGCUCCGAAACGAUCGACCAGUUCCGUCAGCGGCCGACGGCUCUUGAUCGAGUGGUCUGA